CCUUGGAGAAGACAUGGCAGAGCUAGACGCGCGCCUGUCGAAGCUGCUCCAAAAGCACGGGGUGGGCCCCAGCGUCGCGGACUAUUUGAUGUCCAAGGGCAUGGUGAAUAUAGGCCAGUUUGCUGGCCUGGCGGACUCCAAAGCAGACUCCGUCGUUGGGAUCUGCGCCCCGGCAGGGCUAGAUGGGACAGACCGUCCUUUGUGCCGGCCUGUCAAGGCAGCCUGGCAGGAAGCCGAGGCCCUCGUCGCAGGUGAGCUCGACCUGAUCCGGAAGGGCAAGGGCGGCGACUGGGACGACCCGAUCGACCCAGAGGUGCGCGAGAAGAAAACGGCGAGCUUCGUGGGCCACUACCACAUUCGCCUCCUGGCGCACCUCAUGGGGAGCGACGCCAUGGCGGGCCGCCUGGUCCGCGAGCACGAGCGGCGCGCCCCCGCGGUCCACGACCUGCGCAAGAACAGCGACGACUCCUCCGGCACCCAGACCGCCGUCGGGUUCAUGUAUAAGCACAGGGUGCUCAUGAACACGUUGGCCUUGGCGGCUGCGCCCGACUGGGCGUCUGCGGACUGGCCCGUCCUGCUCGACUACCACGAGCGGGUUGUCCUCAAACUGUUCGAGCGCAAGAACGGCCGCAAGCCCACCGUGGACGCCGUCAUUGAGGUGGACCGCCAGAUGAGAGCCAAGUGGGUCGAGGCAGUCCGCAACGACAGGAAGUGCCUCACGGAGGCCGCCCAGACGCGCCGCACGGAAUGGGUGCCCUUGUUUUCGGAGCUCCACAGCGACCGUUCCGGCGGGGUCGAGGGCACGCAGCAGGCGCUUCAGAAGAGGGCCCGCGUGGGUCUUCCGCGCGUGGAGUCCGUCGGCGGCAAGCAGGUCUGCACGUUCUACAACGAGGGGAAGUGCACCUGCGGGAAAAAGUGCAAGUACCUCCAC